AUCUUCAGCAGCAGGACCAAAUGUGGUCGUCUCAGCCUGUACCCCCAGUUGUGUGUUUGAAGCAGCCAUUGAAUAAUUAGUAUGUUCCAGGGAUUUCUUGUGGUUCUCCUCCUCCUAUCCUAAAUGGCCGGAUUAGUCAUUAUUCUACCCCCAUUGCUGUUGGUACCGUGAUAAGGUACAGUUGUUCAACUGCCUUCCGCCUCAUUGGAGAAAAAAGUGUAUUAUGCAUAACUAAAGACAAAGUGGAUGGAACCUGGGAUAAACCUGCUCCUAAAUGUGAAUAUUUCAAUAAAUAUUCUUCUUGCCCUGAGCCCAUAGUACCAGGAGGAUACAAAAUUAGAGGCUCUACACCCUACAGACAUGGUGAUUAUGUGACAUUCGCCUGUAAAACCAACUUCUCCAUGAACGGAAACAAGUCUGUUUGGUGUCAAGCAAAUAAUAUGUGGGGGCCGACACGACUACCAACCUGUGAAAGUGUUUUCCCUCUCGAGUGCCCAGCACUUCCUAUGAUCCACAAUGGACAUCACACAAGCGAGAAUGUCAGCUCCAUUGCUCCAGGAUUGUCUGUGACUUACAGCUGUGAAUCUGGUUACUUGCUUGUUGGAGAAAAGAUCAUUAACUGUUUGUCUUCGGGAAAAUGGAGUGCUGUCCCCCCCACAUGUGAAGAGGCACGCUGUAAACCUCUAGGACGAUUUCCCAAUGGGAAGGUAAAGGAACCUCCGAUUCUCCGGGUUGGUGUAACUGCAAACUUUUUCUGUGAUGAAGGGUAUCGACUGCAAGGCCCACCUUCUAGUCGGUGUGUAAUUGCUGGACAGGGAGUUGCUUGGACCAAAAUGCCAGUAUGUGAAGAAAUUUUUUGCCCAUCACCUCCCCCUAUUCUCAAUGGAAGACGUACAGGCAACUCACUAGCAAAUGUCUCAUAUGGAAGCAUAGUCACUUACACUUGUGACCCGGACCCAGAGGAAGGAGUGAACUUCAUCCUUAUUGGAGAGAGCACUCUCCAUUGUACAGUUGAUAGUCAGAAGACUGGGACCUGGAGUGGCCCUGCCCCACGCUGUGAGCUUUCUACUUCUGCGGUUCAGUGUCCACAUCCCCAGAUCCUAAGAGGCCGAAUGGUAUCUGGGCAGAAAGAUCACUAUACCUAUAACGACACUGUGAUAUUUGCUUGCAUGUUUGGCUUCACCUUGAAGGGCAGCAAGCAAAUCCGAUGCAAUGCCCAAGGCACAUGGGAGCCAUCUGCACCAGUCUGUGAAAAGGAAUGCCAGGCCCCUCCUAACAUCCUCAAUGGGCAAAAGGAAGAUAGACACAUGGUCCGCUUUGACCCUGGAACAUCUAUAAAAUAUAGCUGUAACCCUGGCUAUGUGCUGGUGGGAGAAGAAUCCAUACAGUGUACCUCUGAGGGGGUAUGGACACCCCCUGUACCCCAAUGCAAAGUGGCAGUGUGUGAAGCUACAGAAAAGCAACUCUUGACAAAACCCCAGCACCAAUUUGUUAGACCAGAUGUCAACUCUUCUUGUGAUGAAGGGUACAAGUUAAGUGGGAGUGUUUAUCAGGAGUGUCAAGGCACAAUUCCUUGGUUUAUGGAGAUUCGUCUUUGUAAAGAAAUCACCUGCCCACCACCCCCUGUUAUCUACAAUGGGGCACACACCGGGAGUUCCUUAGAGGAUUUUCCGUAUGGAACCAUGGUCACUUACACAUGUAACCCCGGGCCAGAAAGAGGAGUGGAAUUCAGCCUCAUUGGAGAGAGCACCAUCCGUUGUACAAGCAAUGAUCAAGAAACAGGCACCUGGAGUGGCCCUGCUCCCCUAUGUAAACUUUCCCUCCUUGCUGUCCAGUGCUCAAAUGUCCAUAUUGCAAAUGGAUACAAGAUAUCUGGCAAGGAAGCCCCAUAUUUCUACAAUGACACUGUGACAUUCAAGUGUUAUAGUGGAUUUACUUUGAAGGGCAGUAGUCAGAUUCGUUGCAAAGCUGAUAACACCUGGGAUCCUGAAAUACCAGUUUGUGAAAAAGGCUGCCAGCCACCUCCUGGGCUCCACCAUGGUCGUCAUACAGGUGGAAAUACGGUCUUCUUUGUCUCUGGGAUGACUGUAGACUACACUUGUGACCCUGGCUACUUGCUUGUGGGAAACAAAUCCAUUCACUGUAUGCCUUCAGGAAAUUGGAGUCCUUCUGCCCCACGGUGUGAAGAAACAUGCCGACCUGUGAGAGAGGAUCUUCAAAAACUUCCAGUUGAUUCACAUGUGGAGCUAGUUAAUACGUCCUGCCAAGAUGGGUACCAGUUGACUGGACAUGCUUAUCAGAUGUGUCAAGAUGCUGAAAAUGGAAUUUGGUUCAAAAAGAUUCCACUUUGUAAAGUUAUUCACUGUCACCCUCCCCCAGUGAUUGUCAAUGGGAAGCACACAGGCAUGAUGGCAGAAAACUUUCUAUAUGGAAAUGAAGUCUCUUAUGAAUGUGACCAAGGAUUCUAUCUCCUGGGAGAGAAAAAAUUGCAGUGCAGAAGUGAUUCUAAAGGACAUGGAUCUUGGAGCGGGCCUUCCCCACAGUGCUUACGAUCUCCUCCUGUGACUCGCUGCCCUAACCCAGAAGUCAAACAUGGGUACAAGCUCAAUAAAACACAUUCUGCAUAUUCCCACAAUGACAUAGUGUAUGUUGACUGCAAUCCCGGCUUCAUCAUGAACGGUAGUCGCGUGAUUAGGUGUCAUACUGAUAACACAUGGGUGCCAGGUGUGCCAACUUGUAUCAAAAAAGCCUUCAUAGGGUGUCAGCCUCCGCCUAAGACCCCCAACGGGAACCAUACCGGUGGAAACAUAGCUCGAUUUUCUCCUGGAAUGUCAAUCCUGUACAGCUGUGACCAAGGCUACCUGCUGGUGGGAGAGGCACUCCUUCUUUGCACACAUGAGGGAACCUGGAGCCAACCUGCCCCUCAUUGUAAAGAGGUAAACUGUAGCUCACCAGCAGAUAUGGAUGGAAUCCAGAAAGGGCUGGAACCAAGGAAAAUGUAUCAGUAUGGAGCUGUUGUAACUCUGGAGUGUGAAGACGGGUAUAUGCUGGAAGGCAGUCCCCAGAGCCAGUGCCAAUCGGAUCACCAAUGGAACCCUCCCCUGGCGGUUUGCAGAUCCCGUUCACUUGCUCCUGUCCUUUGUGGUAUUGCUGCAGGUUUGAUACUUCUUACCUUCUUGGUUGUUGUUACCUUAUACAUGAUAUCAAAACACAGAGAACGCAAUUAUUAUACAAAUACAAGCCAGAAAGAAGCUUUUCAUUUAGAAGCACGAGAAGUAUAUUCUGUUGAUCCAUACAACCCAGCCAUCAGCAACACUUUGAUUUCCCCACAUUGUCUGUUCACUCACCUCGAGCCAUCCACUCUAUUCUACAUUCAUUCAUUCUUCCUUCUAUUAAGGGAUGAUGAAAACAUCCGAAGCCUAUAUCUUUCUCUCUUCAUCCCUUUCUGUCUUUUCCAGGACAUUGUUCCUUCAGUUAGACCGUCUCUCAUCACUGGCUCCUUCGUUCCACCUCCAAAACUCCUGAAGCCAAGACCUGCUGAGCUGCAUAUGUGCUUGGGGAGAAUGGGGGCCUCUUCUUCAAGAAGCCCGGAGCCUGUCGGGCCGCCGGCGCCCGGUCUCCCCUUCUGCUGCGGAGUAUCCCUGCUGGCGGUUGCGGUGCUGCUCGCGCUGCCGGUGGCCUGGGGUCAAUGCAAUGCCCCAGAAUGGCUUCCAUUUGCCAGGCCUACCAACCUAACUGAUGAGUUUGAGUUUCCCAUUGGGACAUAUCUGAACUAUGAAUGCCGCCUUGGUUAUUACGGAAGACCGUUUUCUAUCAUCUGCCUAAAAAACUCAACUUGGACAAGUGCUAAGGACAAGUGCAGACCUAAAUCCUGUCGUAACCCUCCAGAUCCUGUGAAUGGCAUGGUGCAUGUGAUCAAAGACAUCCAGUUCGGAUCCCAAAUUAAAUAUUCUUGUACUAAAGGAUACCGACUCAUUGGUUCCUCAUCUGCCACAUGCAUCAUCUCAGGCGAUACUGUCAUUUGGGAUAAUGAAACACCUGUUUGUGACAAAAUUCCUUGUGGGCUACCCCCAACAAUCGCCAAUGGAGAUUUCAUUAGCACCAACAGAGAGUAUUUUCACUAUGGAUCUGUUGUCACCUACCGCUGCAAUCUUGGAAGCGGCGGGAGAAAGUUGUUUGAGCUGGUGGGUGAGACCUCCAUAUACUGCACCAGCAGUGAUGAUCAAGUGGGCAUCUGGAGCGGCCCAGCCCCUCAGUGCAUUAUACCUAACAAAUGCAUUCCUCCAAAUGUGGAAAAUGGAAUAUUGGUAUCCGACAACAGAAGCUUAUUUUCCUUGAAUGAAGUUGUGGAGUUUAGGUGUCAGCCUGGCUUUGUCAUGAAAGGACCCCGCCGUGUGCAAUGCCAGGCCCUGAACAAAUGGGAGCCAGAGUUACCAAGCUGCUCCAGGGUAUGUCGGCCGCCUCCAGAUGUCCUGCAUGGUGAGCGUACCCAAAGGGACAAGGACAACUUUUCACCCGGGCAGGAAGUGUUCUACAGCUGUGAGCCCAGCUACGACCUCAGAGGGGCUGCGUCUCUGCGUUGCACACCCCAGGGAGACUGGAGCCCUGCAGCCCCCAGAUGCGAAGUGAAAUCCUGUGAUGACUUCACGGGCCAACUUCUUAAUGGCCAUGUGCUAUUUCCAGUAAAUCUCCAGCUUGGAGCAAAAGUGGAUUUUGUUUGUGAUGAAGGAUUUCAAUUAAAAGGCAGCUCUGCUAGUUAUUGUGUCUUGGCUGGAACGGAAAGCCUUUGGAAUAGCAGUGUUCCAGUGUGUGAACAAAUCUUUUGUCCAAGUCCUCCAGUUAUUCCUAAUGGGAGACACACAGGAAAACCUCUGGAAGUCUUUCCCUUUGGAAAAGCAGUAAAUUACACAUGCGACCCCCACCCAGACAGAGGGAUGACCUUCGACCUCAUUGGAGAGAGCACCAUCCGCUGCACAAGUGACCCUCAAGGGAAUGGGAUUUGGAGCAGCCCUGCCCCUCGCUGUGGAAUUCUGGGUCACUGUCAAGCCCCAGAUCAUUUUCUGUUUGCUAAGUUGAAAACCCAAACCAAUGCAUCUGACUUUCCCAUUGGGACAUCUUUAAAGUAUGAAUGCCGUCCUGAGUACUACGGGAGGCCAUUCUCUAUCACAUGUCUAGAUAACCUGGUCUGGUCGAGUCCCAAAGAUGUCUGUAAACGUAAAUCAUGUAAAACUCCUCCAGAUCCAGUGAAUGGCAUGGUGCAUGUGAUCACAGACACCCAGGUUGGAUCCAGAAUCAACUAUUCUUGUACUACAGGGCACCGACUCAUUGGUCACUCAUCUGCUGAAUGUAUCCUCUCAGGCAAUACUGCCCAUUGGAGCACGAAGCCGCCAAUUUGUCAACGAAUUCCUUGUGGGCUACCCCCCACCAUCGCCAAUGGAGAUUUCAUUAGCACCAACAGAGAGUAUUUUCACUACGGAUCAGUGGUGACCUACCGCUGCAAUCCUGGAAGCAGAGGGAGAAAGGUGUUUGAGCUGGUGGGUGAGCCCUCCAUAUACUGCACCAGCAAUGAAGAUCAAGUGGGCAUCUGGAGUGGCCCAGCCCCUCAGUGCAUUAUACCUAAUAAAUGCACACCUCCAAAUGUAGAAAAUGGAAUAUUGGUAUCUGACAACAAAAGCUUAUUUUCCUUAAAUGAAGUUGUGGAGUUUAGGUGUCAGCCUGGCUUUGUCAUGAAAGGACCCCCCCGUGUGAAGUGCCGGGCCCUGAACAAAUGGGAGCCAGAGCUACCAAGCUGCUCCAGGGUAUGUCAGCCGCCUCCAGAUGUCCUGCAUGGUGAGCGUACCCAAAGGGACAAGGACAACUUUUCACCCGGGCAGGAAGUGUUCUACAGCUGUGAGCCCAGCUACGACCUCAGAGGGGCUGUGUCUCUGCGUUGCACACCCCAGGGAGACUGGAGCCCUGCAGCCCCCAGAUGCGAAGUGAAAUCCUGUGAGGACUUCACGGGCCAACUUCUUAAUGGCCGUGUGCUAUUUCCAGUAAACCUCCAGCUUGGAGCAAAAGUGGAUUUUGUUUGUGAUGAAGGAUUUCAAUUAAAAGGCAGCUCUGCUAGUUAUUGUGUCUUGGCUGGAACGGAAAGCCUUUGGAAUAGCAGUGUUCCAGUGUGUGAACAAAUCUUUUGUCCAAGUCCUCCAGUUAUUCCUAAUGGGAGACACACAGGAAAACCUCUGGAAGUCUUUCCCUUUGGAAAAGCAGUAAAUUACACAUGCGACCCCCACCCAGACAGAGGGAUGACCUUCGACCUCAUUGGAGAGAGCACCAUCCGCUGCACAAGUGACCCUCAAGGGAAUGGGAUUUGGAGCAGCCCUGCCCCUCGCUGUGGAAUUCUGGGUCACUGUCAAGCCCCAGAUCAUUUUCUGUUUGCUAAGUUGAAAACCCAAACCAAUGCAUCUGACUUUCCCAUUGGGACAUCUUUAAAGUAUGAAUGCCAUCCUGAGUACUACGGGAGGCCAUUCUCUAUCACAUGUCUAGAUAACCUGGUCUGGUCGAGUCCCAAAGAUGUCUGUAAACGUAAAUCAUGUAAAACUCCUCCAGAUCCAGUGAAUGGCAUGGUACAUGUGAUCACAGACAUCCAGGUUGGAUCCAGAAUCAACUAUUCUUGUACUACAGGGCACCGACUCAUUGGUCACUCAUCUGCUGAAUGUAUCCUCUCAGGCAAUACUGCCCAUUGGAGCACGAAGCCGCCAAUUUGUCAACGAAUUCCUUGUGGGCUACCCCCGACCAUCGCCAAUGGAGAUUUCAUUAGCACCAACAGAGAGUAUUUUUACUAUGGAUCAGUGGUGACCUACCGCUGCAAUCCUGGAAGCAGAGGGAGAAAGGUGUUUGAGCUUGUGGGUGAGCCAUCCAUAUACUGCACCAGCAAUGAAGAUCAAGUGGGCAUCUGGAGUGGCCCGGCCCCUCAGUGCAUUAUACCUAACAAAUGCACGCCUCCAAAUGUGGAAAAUGGAAUAUUGGUAUCUGACAACAGAAGCUUAUUUUCCUUAAAUGAAGUUGUGGAGUUUAGGUGUCAGCCUGGCUUUGUCAUGAAAGGACCCCCCCGUGUGCAAUGCCAGGCUCUGAACAAAUGGCAGCCAGGGUUACCAAGCUGCUCCAGGGUGUGUCAGCCGCCUCCAGAAAUCCUGCAUGGUGAGCAUACCCCAAGCCAUCAGGACAACUUUUCACCUGGGCAGGAAGUGUUCUACAGCUGUGAGCCUGGCUAUGACCUCAGAGGGGCUGUGUCUCUGCACUGCACGCCCCAGGGAGACUGGAGCCCUGAAGCCCCGAGAUGUGCAGUGAAAUCCUGUGAUGACUUCUUGGGUCAACUCCCUCAUGGUCGUGUGCUAUUUCCACUUAAUCUCCAGCUUGGGGCAAAGGUGUCCUUUGUCUGUGAUGAAGGGUUUCGCUUAAAGGGCAGUUCCGUUAGUCAUUGUGUCUUGGUUGGAAUGAGAAGCCUUUGGAAUAACAGUGUUCCUGUGUGUGAACAUAUCUUUUGUCCAAAUCCUCCAGCUAUCCUUAACGGGAGACAUACCGGAACUCCCCUUGGAGAUAUUCCCUAUGGAAAAGAAAUAUCUUACACAUGUGACCCCCACCCAGACAAAGGGAUGACCUUCAACCUCAUUGGGGAGAGCACCAUCCGCUGCACAAGUGACCCUCAUGGGAAUGGGGUUUGGAGCAGCCCUGCCCCUCGCUGUGAACUUUCUGUUCCUGCUGGUCACUGUAAAACCCCAGAGCAGUUUCCAUUUGCCAGUCCUACGAUCCCAAUUAAUGACUUUGAGUUUCCAGUUGGGACUUCUUUGAAUUAUGAAUGCCGUCCUGGGUAUUUUGGGAAAAUGUUCUCUAUCUCCUGCCUAGAAAACUUGGUCUGGUCAGGUGUUGAAGACAAGUGUAGACGAAAAUCAUGUGGACCUCCUCCAGAACCCUUCAAUGGAAUGGUGCAUAUAAACACAGAUACACAGUUUGGAUCAACAGUUAAUUAUUCUUGUAAUGAAGGGUUUCGACUCAUUGGUUCCCCAUCUACUACUUGUCUCGUCUCAGGCAAUAAUGUCACAUGGGAUAAGAAGGCACCUAUUUGUGAGAUCAUAUCUUGUGAGCCACCUCCAACCAUAUCCAAUGGAGACUUCUACAGCAACAAUAGAACAUCUUUUCACAAUGGAACAGUGGUGACUUACCAGUGCCACACUGGACCAGAUGGAGAACAGCUGUUUGAGCUCGUGGGAGAACGGUCAAUAUAUUGCACCAGCAAAGAUGAUCAAGUUGGUGUUUGGAGCAGCCCUCCACCUCGGUGUAUUUCUACUAAUAAAUGCAGAGCUCCAGAAGUUGAAAAUGGAAUUAGAGUACCAGGAAAUAGGAGUUUCUUUUCCCCCAGUGAGAUCGUGAGAUUUAGAUGUCAGCCCGGCUUUGUCAUGGUAGGGUCCCACACUGUGCAGUGCCAGACCAACGGCAGAUGGGGGCCCAAGCUGCCACACUGCUCCAGGGUGUGUCAGCCACCUCCAGAAAUCCUGCAUGGUGAGCAUACCCCAAGCCAUCUGGACAACUUUUCACCUGGGCAGGAAGUGUUCUACAGCUGUGAGCCCGGCUAUGACCUCAGAGGGGCUGCAUCUCUGCACUGCACGCCCCAGGGAGACUGGAGCCCUGAAGCCCCUAGAUGUACAGUGAAAUCCUGUGAUGACUUCCUGGGCCAACUCCCUCAUGGCCGUGUGCUGUUUCCACUUAAUCUCCAGCUUGGGGCAAAGGUGUCCUUUGUUUGCGAUGAAGGGUUCCGAUUAAAAGGCAGGUCUGCUAGUCAUUGUGUCUUGGCUGGAAUGAAAGCCCUUUGGAAUAGCAGUGUUCCAGUGUGUGAACAAAUCUUUUGUCCAAAUCCUCCAGCUAUCCUUAAUGGGAGACACACAGGAACUCCCUCUGGAGAUAUUCCCUAUGGAAAAGAAAUAUCUUACACAUGCGACGCCCACCCAGACAGAGGGAUGACCUUCAACCUCAUUGGGGAGAGCACCAUCCGCUGCACAAGUGACCCUCAAGGGAAUGGGGUUUGGAGCAGCCCUGCCCCUCGCUGUGAACUUUCUGUUCCUGCUGCCUGCCCACAUCCACCCAAGAUCCAAAACGGGCAUUACAUUGGAGGACACGUAUCUCUAUAUCUUCCUGGGAUGACAGUCAGCUACAUUUGUGACCCUGGCUACCUGUUAGUGGGAAUGGGCUUCAUUUUCUGUACAGACCAGGGAGUCUGGAGCCAAUUGGAUCAUUAUUGCAAAGAAGUAAAUUGUAGCUUCCCACUGUUUAUGAAUGGAAUCUCGAAGGAGUUAGAAAUGAAAAAAGUAUAUCACUAUGGAGAUUAUGUGACUUUGGAGUGUGAAGAUGGGUAUACUCUGGAAGGCAGUCCCUGGAGCCAGUGCCAGGCGGAUGACAGAUGGGACCCUCCUCUGGCCAUAUGUACCUCUCGUGCACAUAAUGCUCUCAUAGUUGGCACUUUAUCUGGUACGAUCUUCUUUAUUUUAUUCAUCAUUUUCCUCUCUUGGAUAAUUCUAAAGCACAGAAAAGGCAAUAAUGCACAUGAAAAACCUAAAGAAGUGGCUAUCCAUUUACAUUCUCAAGGAGGCAGCAGCAUUCAUCCCCGAACUCUGCAAACAAAUGAAGAAAAUAGCAGGGUCCUUCCUUGACAAAGUACUAUACAGCUGAAGAACAUCUCCAAUACAAUUUUGGUUGGAAAGGAGCCAAUUGAUUUCAACAGAAUCAAAUCUGAGCUUCAUAAAGUCUUUGAAGUGACUUCACAGAGAUGCGGACAUGUGCACUUGAAGAUGCUGCCACUUCCCCAGUACCUAGCAAAGCGCCUCCCUCUUUGUGUGUGUCACUAUGAAACCCCCACCCUUCUGCCUCAUGCUAAACGCACACAGUAUCUAGUCAGGGGAAAAGACUGCAUUUAGGAGAUAGAAAAUAGUUUGGAUUACUUAAAGGAAUAAGGUGUUGCCUGGAAUUUCUGGUUUGUAAGGUGGUCAUUGUUCUUUUUUAAAACAUUUGUAAUAUGGAAUGUGCUCAGUAAGGAGAGCUUGGAAAAUGCAGAAAGUUAUGAAAAAUAAGUCACUUAUAAUUAUGCUACCUACUGGUAACCACUCCUAAUAUUUUGAUUCAUUUUCUGCCUAUCUUCUUUCACAUAUGUGUUUUUUUACAUAUGUACUUUUUCCCCUUUAGUUUCCUUUUAUUUUAUAGAGCAGAACCCUAGUAUUUUAAACAGUUUAGAGUGAAAUAUACGCUAUAUCAGUUUUUACUUUCUCUAGGGAGAAAAAUUAAUUUACUAGAAAGGCAUGAAAUGAUCAUGGGAAGAGUGGUUAAGACUACUCAAGAGAAAUAUUUGGAAAAUAAGCUUUCGAUAUUUUCUUUCUUUUUUUUUUUUUUUGAGAUGGAGUCUGGCUCUGUCUCCCAGGCUGGAGUGCAGUGGCAUGAUCUCGGCUCACUGCAAGCUCCGCCUCACGGGUUCACACCAUUCUCCUGCCUCAGCCUCCUGAGUAGCUGGGACUACAGGCACCUGCCAACACGCCCAGCUACUUUUUUUGUAUUUUUAGUAGAGACGGGGUUUCACUAUGUUAGCCAGGAUGGUCUCGAACUCCUGACCUCGUGAUCCGCCCACCUCGGCCCCCCAAAGUGCUGGGAUUACAGGCGUGAGCCACCGCACCCGGCCGCUUUCGAUAUUUUCUAAACUUUAAUUCAAAAGCACUUUGUGCUAUGUUCUAUAUAAAAAACAUAAUAAAAAUUGAAAUGAAAGAAUAAUUGUUAUUAUAAAAGUACUAGCUUACUUUUGUAUGCAUUCAGAAUAUACUAAAUUAACUUUUUAAAACACAACUUUUAAAAAAUGUAUCAAAAUAAUAAAUAUGUUCUGAUAUUUUUAAAAUAAGUGACCUUGUGUUCUUUAACCAGUCCACAUCUUUAGAGAACAAAAAUGUGUUAUGAUAUUAUGGGCCAUGCUAAUGACCUCUAGAAAACAUCAGAAUAUUUCUGGAUAUUUAAUAAUAGCUUUAUAUAUGACUAAUGCUCAUUUCUAUGUAAUUCUGUUUAAUAGUUGCUUUAAAGGUGAAUUUUGCCACAUUUACUUUGACAGCAAUAUAAGGAGUGAGAUAGACAUGAACCUGAAUUUCAAUUUAAAAUCAUGGAAGAGAAGGAAAAAAAACCAGCUUAAGAAAAAUCAACUGAUAAAUUGCAAGAAAAAAAAUGCAACUUACAUCACAAAAGCUAAUUGCUUUAUUAUUUAGAGAGUACUUAAAAAUUAAAAACCAAACUUCUCUCCACCCAACAAAAAUGGGCAAAGGACAUACAGCUAGGUCACCAAGAAAGAAAGGCGAGCAAGUAGGUGGUGAGUAUAUGUAAAGAUCCUUGAUAGGACUUUUGCUUAGUUGGAUCUUAGCAAAUCUCUUUUAUUUCUUGGGAUUUUGAAGAAGUAACUUUUAAAGGAGGACUAGAAACUAAGUGAUUGGGAAUUGGCCUUUUUAGAAUUAAAAUUUCCCAUUACAAGAAAAAAAAAUCCUGUGUUCUUUUUUUUUUUUUCCAGAAUGGAGUAGGUCAAUGAGCAAUGUGAUUAAUAAAUAUGUAAUGCCUGUGACUUUUGAUUUGUUUUGUUUUGUUUUGGAGACAGGGUCUUGCUCUGUAACUCAGGCUGGAGUGCAGUGGUGCUAUCUAGGCUUACUGCAACCUCACCUGUCACUUUUUAAUUGCAAGAAAGCCAAAAGGGCGUUUUCUAUUACAUCAGUUAUAAUGAGAAAUACUGUAUAUACUAAUAUGAGUAAAAUACUAUAUUGCCUAACUUGUAUUAUUAAGUAAUUCUGCUAACCUGCGACCUUACAUUUUCAUCUGAAAAGCAGUGGCUGGACACCAAUUGCCCUCUGAAGCUAUUGCUAGUCCCAACAUUCUUUGUUUUGUUUGCUUUUUUGUCACACUUAAGUGUGUAGUAUGAAGUUUAUGAUGCUUAAAUGAAAU